AUGGGGGGAGGCAGCGGCAGGGCGCGGGGCGCCGGGGCUGCCGGCCGGCCUGGCCCCCGGCUGGACGGGCUGUUCGUGCGGCGGUUCCUGCGGCUGCAAGCUGUGCUCUUCCCCGGGUGGCCCUCCCCGAGCGCCCUGAUGUUCCUGACGCUGCUCUGUGUCGCCUUGCUGGAGCAGCUGGUUAUUUACCAGGUUGGCGUCAUCCCCAGCCAGUACUAUGAGGUUCUAGGGAACAAAGACUUCUCCGGAUUCAAAACAUUGACAGCCGUUGCCCUGACUCUGAUCGUAGUGAACUCCACGCUAAAAAGCUUCGAUCAGUUUAUCUGCAACAUGAUGUAUGUGAGCUGGAGGAAGUCCCUCACUGAAUACCUCCACAGCUGCUACUUCCAAGGCCAGGUCUACUACAGCCUGCACAUGCUGCGCGAGGACAUCGAUAACCCGGACCAGCGCAUCAGCCAGGAUGUGGAGAGGUUCUGCAGGCAGCUCAGCUCCAUGGCCAGCAAGCUCAUCAUCUCGCCCUUCACGCUGGCCUACUACACGUACCAGUGCUUCCACAGCACAGGCUGGCUAGGCCCAGUGAGCAUCUUUGGAUAUUUCAUCAUUGGGACGAUCAUCAACAAGAUACUGAUGAGCCCAAUUGUAGCUAAACUUGUUCAGCAGGAAAAACUGGAAGGGGAUUUCAGGUUCAAGCACAUGCAGAUUCGUGUCAAUGCAGAACCAGCUGCUUUCUACAGGGCCGGGCGAGUGGAGCAUAUGCGCACGGACCGGAGGCUGCAGAGCCUGCUGCAGACACAGAGGGAGCUGAUAGGGAAGGAGCUCUGGCUUUACAUUGGAAUCAACACCUUUGACUACCUGGGCAGCAUCCUGAGCUAUGUGGCCAUUGCUAUUCCCAUCUUUUCUGGGGUCUACGGUGACCUGAGUCCAUCAGAGCUCAGUGCCCUCGUCAGCAAGAAUGCCUUUGUUUCCAUCUACCUCAUUGGCUGCUUCAGCCAGCUCAUAGAUCUCUCCCGUUCCGUGACCGAUGUAGCUGGCUACACGCACAGGAUUGGUGAACUGCAGGAGACCUUGCUGAGCCUUGGCAGAAAAAAAAGUGGUAACCACUUAGAAGACAAAGCCAGCUGGGAUUUGGACAGCAGCCAUUCUGGGGAGGACCCACUGCCAAGGGACACAGCUUUCCUUCUGGAGCGAGUGACGCUCUCAGUGCCAUCCUCUGGCAAGCUGCUCAUCAAGGACUUGAGCCUCAGGAUCUCACAAGGAAACAGUGUGAUGAUUGUGGGGAACACUGGCACAGGGAAGACAUCUCUCCUGAGGGUCCUUGGGGGACUCUGGGAGAGCACGCAGGGGAGCAUCAAGAUGCUGACCUGCUUUGGACCCCAGGGAGUUGUGUUCCUGCCACAGCAGCCCUUCUUCACCGAUGGAAGUCUGCGUGAGCAGGUGAUCUAUCCCCUGAAAGAGAUCUAUCCAGUUUCAGGGUCUGCAGAUGAUGAGAGAAUUGUGCGAUUCCUGGAGCUGGCUGGGCUGACUGACUUGCUGGCGAGGGCUGGAGGACUAGAUGAGCAGGUGGACUGGAACUGGUAUGACAUCCUUUCCCCAGGGGAGAUGCAGAGGCUCUCAUUUGCAAGGCUCUUCUACCUCCAGCCAAAAUAUGCAGUGCUAGAUGAAGCCACCAGCGCCCUGACCGAAGAGGUGGAGCAUGAACUUUACCGUGUGUGCCUUCAGCUGGGCAUGACACUGAUCAGCGUGGGACACAGGGCCAGCCUGGAAAAGUUCCACAGCUGGAUUUUGAAACUUCAUGGGGAGGGAAGAUGGGAGCUCACUCGAUGCGAGAAGAUGAAGCGGCUCCCAGUUGAGGAAGGAUGUUGAAAGACAUGCACUUGUCUGGCCAGCUGCAGAACCUGUGCACUCAUGAGAGAGCUCUGAAAGCAGAUGUGAAGUUGCUGAGCCAUCAGCUGUCAAAAAGGGAUUCAUCCAGUGCAAGACCAGGCAGGGUUCUGCCUGGAGCAGACACGCUAUGCCAUCCUUCUCCCUGCCCCCUCCUCUUGCCUCCCUGCCCCUCAUGGGGGAAAGGGCUGAGCUGCUAAGCUGCCUAAAGAGAAGAUGCUGCCUCAUGGAGCUUGUAUAAGUAAUGGCCAGAGGAACCUCCACUUGUCAAGGAUACAGUGACACAAGACUGGGAUGCAGCCUCCUCUUCUGUCCUCUGUGCCUUGGUGGAUCCUCUGUCUCUUUGAUACACAGCAUUGCAGAAGAGACAUCUGUACCUGUGGCUCAGUUGAGGGUUGUGGUCCCCAGCAGAAGCCAAGGGAUGCACUGUGAGGGCAGGACAAUGCUGGCACAGAGAAAGGGCAUGUCUCUGCUCUCCUUAUGAUACUGAGUUACUGGGCAAAGGAACAUUUUUGUAUUAAAAGCUGGGGCCUGUUUUGCAAUUA